AUGGGGUCUAGGUUACUCUCUGUGGCCUCUGGCUCAUCACAAUUGGAGACAAUUGUUCAGCUUAGCUCCGGUGAAAUUCCAGGCGAUGUUGCAAUGAACCUACUUAUCAUUGAUCAUGUAGCUGCCGUCAUCGUUUUUGAACACUCUUUCUACAUUUUGGAGCAGCACCGCUAUCUUCGAGACUGGCAGGAGUCUCUUCCAUAUAUUCGUGACGCUCUUGACCAGUACAUGGCGUCUCCACAUGAUGCUGCUGUCAGGGAAGCUGUGAGCACUGCCGUCCGUAAAUAUCAAGAGGCUGUGAGCACUGUCAAAAACAAACCAUCUACUUGGAAGGCGAAGCUACCUUUUGAACGCUCUCGGAGGAAGGCGCAGCAACUUUCCGAGAGGAAGGAGUUGAUGAAAACAGUUCUUGGAAUCACUCUACAGUAUCGCCUGCCGAGACCUUGA